AUGAACUGCAGAUUCAGAAUGGCCUCAGAGAUUUUUGCCUUUCUUCGCUGUAAGCAAUGUGUCAGAGCUGCAGAUACCCCUGUAGCAAGACAUGCGGACUUCGAGCUGAGGGCUCUUACAGAGGAAGACGGAAAUAAGGAAGAACCUAGUUAUACGUGGAGGAGAAAUGUUCUAAUUGCUGCUCUGCUGUCCACGAUCACAUUUUUUGUAGCAUCGGCCUAUUCUAUGGUCGCCUCGUUCUUCCCCAUUGAGGCAGCUGAGAUGGGGAGCAAUUCUAUCACCACUGGAGUAAUAAUAGGAGUCUCUCCACUCUGUCUGGCUACCUUAUCUCCAGUCAUUGGAUACUUUCUCCCCAAGUUGGGCACAAAGAUGAUACUCAUAUCUGGACAGGUUCUGGUUGGAGGAGCUUUUUUUCUCAUGGCGUUCCUGGCUUACAUGCCUUCAUCCACAUCAUUUGUGGUGUAUGGUAUACUUCUGAGGGUAACAGAAGGAGUUGGCUGGGCAAUGUCUAACACGACCAUCAUUGCUCUUAUACCAGUUCUCUUCCCAUCUCGUGUCGGAACACUCACAGGACUGAUAUUUGGAGCAAUUGGACUGGGGUAUACUGCUGGCCCUCCACUUGGCAGCAUACUUGUUGUUGUAAGAUGCAGCCUAAUACCUACCAUGUUUUUGUCGCUCCUUUCUGAAUCUGUGACACUGUAGGCUGCUGGGUACAGUGCUCCAUUCUGGAUCGUCGGGGGAAUUAUUCUCUGCCUUGCUCCAGUAACAUUCCUGCUACUGAAAGAAACAAGUACUUCUUCCAAGGUCCUUCCAUUUCAGAUUGUCAUAAAGCUUCUUAGUCACCUUAGCUUCUCCAUGAUUCAAAUUGCAGGUAUAGUGGGAUAUGGUUCACUGACAUUCCAAGAGGCAGCACUUAGUGUGUAUCUGCUGAAUGAGAUUGGUUUGAACCUGUUGGAGAUAGGGAUAUAUUUUGCAGUAAUAGCUGUGAGCUACACACUGAUCACUGUUGUAGCUGGUCUGCUCUCUGACAAAUUUGGACCAAGAACACUCAUAAUAACUGGACUAUUCAUUUGCGGAGCUUCACUCAUGGUUUUAGGAUUGAAUCAAUUGCCUCCUAUACCUCCACGGUGGACAAUUCUCAUUAGUCUGGCUCUGGUAGGAUGUGGAGCAGCUCUUGCUGGUGUGCCAGCAUAUUCAGACCUCCUGCAGCAAGCACAGUGAAUAUCUUCAUACAUUAUGUCUGACGGUUUGAG